AUGACAAACAAUAUUGCUUUGAAUACUGAAAAAUCUCCGUUACUUGGUCAUCAAUUAUUGACCGACGAGAAUAAUUCUGUUCGACACAUUUUACAGAAUAAAGAAGAGAAACCCUAUUUAUCAUAUUUUAAAUUAUCAUCAGAUGAUAAUCGAAAUAUUAAUUUAACAAAUUUUCAAGAUCCAUUCUUCUAUGAGCAACCAUUAGAUUUUAACUAUCAUAGAUUAAUGCCAGCUGUAAUUCUAUCAGAAAAUGAAAUAGGUUUUCGGCAAUAUUAUAAAGAAAAUUCUUUAUCAUCACAUCGAAAUGGCAUAGAAAGAAGUGAAUCAAUUUCUCGAAAACAUAUGAAACCAAUGAAAACUAAUCAGAAAAUAAUAAAAAGAAAGGAGAUAAAGAAAAAAAGAUCUGUCGAAAACGAAAACCGAAAAAACUGCAAAAAUAAAAACGCUCACAGAAAUUAUUUUAAACAAUAUGAACAUAAGGUUAUGUUUUCUAAGGCAAAAAAAAUUCAACAAGAAUUAUUAUCAAAACGAAAGAAGAAACUAUCAAAACAACAUAUUCGAUCGAAGAAAAAAUCUAUAUUAAAAGGAAAUACCAGCAGAACUAGCAAUCAAAAAAAAUCAUCUCGUCAAUCUUUGACUUCAACAUUUAAAAGAAGUCGUUCAUUAACUCGAUCCAAAGCAGGAAAAAAACGUAGUAAAAACGCACUUCGGUCAAAUGCAAAUCGAGCUUUAUCUAAUUUUCGUAAAAUAUCAAAUAAAGUCAAAGAUGAAACAAGUCUAUUAACUCUUAAUCCAAAUUUACGAUUGAAUAAUCAUCAGAUGAUGAAAAUAACAACUGCGCCAAAUAAUAGAAAUGAUCGCAAUAAUGUAAAAUUCAUUGAAAUGAAAAUAUCACCAUCAUUAUCAACACUGAAAAAUAGUUUAAAUGAAAAUAUCUCGUCAAUAUCAACAAUAAUGCCCUUAACAAAGAAUAAUGUACAAUUAACGAGUAAAAAUAAUAACAGACGCGCUUGUAAAAAUAAACACACACGAAAUAUUUUGGGAUCAACACAGUCAGAACGAAGACUAAUGACGAUAACAGGUACUGGAAUGAUUCUUCGUUCAAAAAACAUUUUGAGAAAUGGACUUAAUCUGAUGCAGCGAAAAAACUGA